CGUGGGGCCCCGCGCGCGCCGCCCGGACGCGCCGCUAGAUGACAGCAGCGUCUAACCAAUGAGCUGGUAAAAAAAAGAAAAAAGAAAAACACCCAGCAAUAUUCCCUAACUCCAUAUCGCAAGGAUGUGGACUGUCCCUUCCUGUUUUAGUGCCGAGAGAGCCACCGUACCGACUCGCACCGGAGCAGGAACACAGGCCACCGCGGCGCGAUUAUGUCGGGAUUUCCGCGGCGUCGGUCCGGCACACGGAGCGCGGUGUACAGGUCCACGGUUUAGGGAACGCUGUUAUGUUAUUCUACGGGUAGCUGGUAACAUAGCAGGCCUCUCCAUUGCGCUGCCAACCCUUGUUCCUUUCCCGUGUCAAUGAUUGUCCUCCCGUCACUCUCAUGGCGGAGACUAAAAUAAUAUAUCACAUAGACGAGGAGGAGACUCCUUAUCUGGUCAAACUGUCCGUUUCUCCGGAGAAAGUCACCUUAGCGGAUUUUAAAAAUGUCCUCAACAACCGACCGGUCAACAGCUACAAAUUCUUCUUCAAAUCGAUGGACCAGGAUUUUGGGGUUGUCAAAGAAGAGAUUUCCGACGACAACGCCAAGCUGCCCUGCUUCAACGGGCGAGUAGUGUCCUGGUUGGUGCUGGCAGAGAGUUCCCACUCUGAUGGAGGAUCUCAGUGCACAGAGAGCCAUCCAGAGCUGCCCCCUCCUCUGGAGAGAACAGGGGGCAUAGGAGACUCCCGGCCCCCCUCCUUCCACGCCAACGCGGUGAGCAGUCGCGAUGGCCUUGACACGGAGACGGGGACGGAGUCUCUGCUGAGCCACCGCAGAGAGCGAGAGAGAGAGCGGGCGCGGAGGAGAGCGAGAGAAACUGAGCUCCCUCGCAUCAACGGUCACUCGAAAUCAGAGCGCACCGCCAGGGACUCGGCCAUGGGUUACGACAGCGCCUCGGUAAUGAGCAGCGAGUUGGAGUCCAGCUCCUUCGUGGACAGCGAGGAAGACGAGAAUGCGAGCAGCAGCUCCACAGAACAGAGUUCUUCUUCACAGCUCAUGCGCAGACACAAGCGGCGACGGCGGAGGCACAAAGUGGCCAAAAUAGACCGGUCUUCGUCCUUCAGCAGCAUCACAGACUCCACCAUGAGCCUCAACAUCAUCACCGUCACGCUCAAUAUGGAGAAAUACAACUUUCUCGGUAUCAGUAUUGUGGGUCAAAGUAACGACCGAGGAGACGGCGGCAUCUACAUCGGCUCCAUAAUGAAAGGUGGUGCAGUGGCUGCUGAUGGGAGAAUAGAACCUGGAGAUAUGCUCCUUCAGGUGAACGAUGUGAACUUUGAGAACAUGAGCAAUGACGACGCCGUGAGGAUCUUAAGAGAGAUUGUUUCCAAAACUGGUCCUAUCAGUCUUACUGUUGCCAAAUGCUGGGACCCGUCUCCACGGAGUUACUUCACGAUCCCACGUGCUGAGCCAGUCAGACCCAUUGACCCAGCAGCCUGGAUUUCACACACCACCGCCCUGACGGAACCGUACCCGCACUAUGGUAAAAACAACCAACCAUCACCUGCAACACACUCUAUGAAGCAUCCGUUCUGUGAGUUUGAUGACUUGCCUCUGUCUGCAAGUAAAACAGACAUGGCAACCGUCGUCAAGGUGAUGCAGUUGCCCGACUCUGGCCUGGAGAUCCGGGACAGGAUGUGGUUGAAGAUCACCAUCGCCAAUGCCGUCAUUGGUGCUGACGUGGUGGACUGGCUCUACUCCAGAGUCGAGGGAUUCAAGGACCGGCGGGACGCGAGGAAGUACGCCAGCAGUCUGCUGAAACACGGCUACCUGAGACACACGGUCAACAAGAUCACCUUCUCCGAGCAGUGCUACUACACCUUCGGAGACCUCUGCCAAAACAUGGCAUCGCUUAACUUAAACGAGGGAUCCAGCGGCGGAGGCUCGGAGCAGGACACUCUGGCACCGCUCCCCCCCACGAGCAACCCCUGGCCCCUGGGCGGCCAGCCGUUCCCCUACCCCCCCUUUCCCUCUGCACCCCCCAGCUUCCCCCCGGGAUACUCAGACCCGUGCCACAGUUUCCACAGCGGGAGCGCAGGCAGCCAGCACAGCGAGGGAAGCCGAAGCAGUGGAUCCAACCCCAGCGCGGGCAAAGGUAGACGCUCCUCUCCACAGGAGAAGGGUCAAAGGUCAACAUGCAGCGAAUCAGAGCCCCGCGUUCGCGGCGGGAGGCGCGGCGAAAGGUCCGCCAGCCAAAUGAGCCAUCACAGCCACGCCGUGUCCAGCCACAGCCACGCCCGGUCCAGUCUCAGCCACAGUCAGUCACACAGGAGCCACUCACAGAACAGCCACCCCUCCUUCGUCCACGGCCACGCCCCCUCCACCCAGCCGGGGCCAGGCUCGUGCGCCCACAGCGAGCGAAGCCACGCCUCCUCCUACGGGCCCCCCGGCUUGCCCCCUCCUUACUGUCUGGCCCGUCUGGCGCCCAGGGCGUCGGUCAGCGGCGGCAGCAGCAGCAGCACGCCCCCCGGAGCCCCUCCCGGGAGGGAGUUGGCGGCCGUUCCCCCCGAGCUCACCGCCAGUCGCCAGUCCUUCCAGCACGCCAUGGGCAACCCCUGCGAGUUCUUUGUUGACAUCAUGUGACGGGACAGUGCCUUCAAAACUCACCAAGCACAAAACCUCCUCAAAAACCCACUCGGGCCCUUUCAGCGCCGUCCCCUCGACCCUCCUUCUGACCAUCUCUAACUGCCCCCCUUUUUGUGUUGACGUGACGUGUACCGUUUGUGAAACGUGAGUGGUAUUCAAUGUGGUGAUUCCUUCAAAUGCGCCACGCAGACAUUCCCCCGGGGAGUGUGCUCACUCUUACCUGGGACGUUUUCUCUUCAAGCUGCUGGGCCUGGAUCUCAAUCCCCCGGACCCGGGCCGACGCCCCCAGCCACGCACUUAGCAACGAUUCUUUGGGCCUAGAACUUAGAAUCCCUUUCCUGACUCAAAUUUAGCUCGUUAACUAAAACGUUAACCUCGCUCAGCGCACAAUCCAUGGAUGUCUGCAGCUCUAUCCGCGAUGGGAGGGGGGCGGCCAUGGGUUCGACUGGGCUGCAUAUUGCAUGACUUCAUUAAGGAAAGAAAUGUGCUAAUCCAUUUUGUUUAAAGUAUUACUGUUAUAUGGUGAAGGGGGUCACCUCCUGCCAAUGUUCCUAAAGGAAGACUCGAGUACACUGGAUGAUUUCUGUGAUGUUAUUUAUGUGGUCAUGUUUUUGCGUUGAUGGUGUCACACGUCGUCCACUAAGGGCGACCGACAGACAAUCAAACAUCACCUUUUGUGAUUGAGUGGUUGAUUUCCACUGUCCCAGCUGUGCUCUGUGGAAUGUGUCAUUAUUCCCGUUCACACCAUUUGGUUUAAAAACAUCUAAACAUCCAAACAGGAUUGCAAACAGUGGGCACACACCGCGGUGGUGAAAAGCAUCACUGGUGUCUCCUUUGUUCAAACGUUGUGCGCGAUGGAAGCCAAAGCCCGACCAUUGCGGAUAUGUCUUCACAAUUUAGGAGAUGUGUCUGUGAUUGUCAUCUGACAUUUUGCAACUUUAAUCUGACUUCAGGGGGAAUCCUGGCUUUCAAAUUGUGACUUAGUUGCAAAAUAAUGGCAACCCCCCCCCCCCCCCCCCACCCUGUCAUUGUCUCAUUGAAAUCAAGUAACAAGAGGGAAAUGACACACAAAUACUAGUUUUAUGGGCACUUUUUCAUUUUUUUCCUCUCCCUCCCUUUAGUAUGAAACACUGUUUGCAAUCAAAGCUUUCUGUUCAAUUUUGUUUCUUUACGAGAAAAAAAAGAGUAAAUUGUACAUAGAAAUGUAUUAUAUAUAUAUAAAUAAAAAAUAUAUAUGUUCAA